AUGCUUUACCACGAGAGCAAAAGAAAACUGAGUGGCCGCGGAGAGACCGGAGGAAAAGUCAGAGCCAAGGCAAAGACCUGCUCCUCCCGUGCUGGGCUCCAGUUCCCAGUCGGCUGUGUUCAUAGGCUGCUGCGCAAAGGAAACUAUGCGGAGCGUGUCGGUGCUGGGGCUGUGCUGGAGUAUCUGAAUGGUGAGAUCCUGGAGCUGGCUGGAAACACUGCCCGCGGCAACAAGAAGACCAGUAUCAUCCCCCGUCACCUGCAGCUGGCCUUCUGCAACGACGAGGAGCUCAACAAGCUGCUGGGCGGAGUCACCAUUGUGAAGUUAAGAAACAGCCCUAUUAAACUUUUAACGGGUCUGUAUUAGCCUACACAUUUAAACAACUGGUGUGAUGAUGCGUUGCACUGACAGGAGAUGCCUGGUAUGUGCUGUUGCUCAUGAAUGGUCAAACGAAUAUUAGCCUACAGUUUUAACUGAACUGAGGAAUGUAGGAAGAAGCAGGAUGUCCAUUCACCACUGCACAUAAAUGGGGAGAGGGUAGAGAGGGUGACCAGCUUUAAAUUCCUUGGCACACACAUUUCAGAGAACCUCUCUAAGAAGACAAACAC